AAAAGUUUGGUUUUCUCUGUUACUUAAAUUUAACAAUCAGGGUUCUAGUGCCGGAGGAGAGGGUUUUGAAGUUACAAAAUAUGGUCAUGGAUGUGUUGCACUGAUAGGAUUUCCGAGUGUGGGGAAGUCAACACUUUUAACAAUUUUAACAGGCACCCAUUCAGAAGCAGCAUCUUAUGAAUUCACUACACUGACCUGCAUUCCUGGUAUCAUAAAUUACAAUGAUACCAAGAUUCAGCUACUUGAUCUUCCUGGAAUUAUUGAAGGUGCUUCUGAAGGAAAGGGGCGUGGAAGGCAGGUUAUUGCUGUUGCGAAAUCUUCAGACCUUGUGUUGAUGGUUCUUGACGCCUCCAAAAGUGAGGGACAUCGCCAAAUUUUGACAUAGGAACUGGAGGCUGUGGGUUUGCGUUUAAACAAAAGACUGCCUCAAAUAUAUUUCAAAAGAAAGAAAACAGGAGGUAUUUCUUUCAAUAGCACUCUCCCAUUAACUCGUGUGGAUGAGAAGCUUUGUUACCAGAUUCUUCAUGAAUACAAAAUUCAUAAUGCAGAGGUUCUAUUUCGUGAGGAUGCCACCGUGGAUGAUUUAAUAGAUGUCAUUGAAGGGAACCGCAAAUAUAUUAAGUGUGUAUAUGUUUACAAUAAGAUAGAUGUUAUUGGUAUUGAUGAUGGGGAUAGAUUGGCUCAGCAGCCAAAUUCUGUUGUCAUUAGCUGCAAUCUGAAGCUGAACCUAGACAGACUGCUUGCAAAGAUGUGCCAAGAAAUGGGACUUGUGAGAGUAUAUACAAAACCACAAGGCCAGCAACCCGACUUCACUGACCCUGUUGUUCUUUCUGCUGUAUGUGAGAUAUUUCCCAUCAUUCAUGCAUUACUACAUUGUCGGAUCCAUGCAUGGAAUUUCUGUAGCUCUCUCAAACCUAUUUCCUUGUUUCUAUUGCUCUGUGUAUGUGAUAGGAUAGAGGUGGCUGCUUGGUUGAAGACUUUUGUAACCACAUACAUAGGAGUUUAGUGAAGGAUGUGAAAUAUGUGCUUGUGUGGGGUACAAGUGCAAGGCACUACCCUCAGCACUGCGGCAUCAGGCAUGUCCUGCAAGAUGAGGAUGUCAUUCAGAUCGUCAAGAAAAAGGAGAAAGAAGGAGGGAGAGGUCGGUUCAAAUCACAUUCAACCGCUCCUACUCGGAUAUCUGACAGAGAGAAGAAGGCUCCCUUGAAGACCUAAACCAUGUGGGGCAGCAUUGCGUUGUGGGGGUGGCAAGGCAAGUCCAUAGGGAGAGAGCAUCCUUUUUGUUGUCUCAUGAAUGACUUCUGGUUUCCUGGUGAUAACCUCAGUUAUGCCCACCACCUGUUCGGCCAAUUGCCCAGCUGCAAAAAUCAGUACCUUUGGACUUCCCUCAUACGUUCCCAUGUCAUCCACGCUCAAUUCAGCCUGUCAAUCCGUUUAUACAGUAAGAUGCAGAGGGAAGGCGUACUGCCAUCUGAGUUCACCUUCUCCUCUGUGCUCAAUGCUUGUGCUCGGAUUCCGGCGAUUUUGGAGGGCAAACAAGUUCAUGGGAGAGUGGUAAAAUCCAGUUUUUUCACGAACAGGAUAGUGCAAACUGCGUUGCUUGAUAUGUACGCGAAAUGUGGGUGUUUGGUGGACGCACAGAAUUUGUUCGAUGUUAUGUGUGACAAAGAUGUUGUUGCUUGGACAGCGAUGAUCUGUGGAUACACUAAGGUAGGAAUGAUGCAAAAAGCCAUGAGCUUGUUUGAUUGCAUGGGGGAGCGGAAUGUGGUCACAUGGACGGCUAUGGUUGCUGGGUAUGCUAAUUCUGGAGACAUGAAAGCAGCAAAGGAGUUGUAUGAUAUGAUGUGGGUGAAAAAUUCAAUUACAUGGGUUGCUAUGAUUGCAGGCUAUGGGAAGUGUGGUGAUGUGAGUGAGGCCAAAAGGGUGUUUGAUGAUAUAGUAGCACCAGAUGCCACGUGUUGGGCAGCAAUGCUGGCUUGUUAUGCACAGAAUGGUUAUGCACGGGAGGCUAUUGACAUGUAUAUGGAAAUGGGAAAUGAAAACGUAAAAAUUACUGAUGUGGCAAUGGUGGGGGCUAUUUCAGCUUGUACCCAACUGGAAGAUGUUGAAAUGGCAAAGAGAUUGACUAAGAAUAUGGAGAAAGGAUGCUGUGAUCGAACACUAUUUUUAUCAAAUGCUUUUAUUCACAUGCAUGCAAAAUGUGGAUGUAUGGAUCAGGCCUGGAAGGAAUUCAAUACAAUGAAGGAGAGGGAUGUGGUAUCUUAUGGUGCAAUGAUAACAGCCCUAGCUGAUAAUGGGGAGACCGAAGAAGCUUUGAAUCUAUUUUCAAAGAUGCAAAAGGAAGGAAUAAAACCAAACCAGAUUACCUUCAUAGGAGCCCUCAGUGCAUGUAGUCAUGCUGGACUAAUAGAAGAAGGCUGCAAACUAUUUAACCUGAUGACCAGAGUUCUUGGCAUUAAGCCCUUAAGCCAGCACCUCACUUGCAUGGUAGUUCUCCUUGGAAUGACUGGGCAACUCAAAAAUGCAUAUAAUCUUAUCAUGGAGUACAAAGGUGUCUCUGAUGCAGGAACUUGGGGUGCUUUGCUUGGAGCUUGCAAGGUACAUGGUAACACGCAAUUAGGUGAAAUUGCAGCCAGCCAUCUCUUUGAAAUUGAGCCUCAGAGUGCAGGAAACUAUGUGGUUCUGGCAAAUACUUAUGCUUCACUGGAUAGAUGGGGAGAUGCAGAGAGAGUGAGGAAGAUGAUUGGUGGAAGAGGAAACAGAAAGUUUCCUGGUUGCAGCUGGGUAUCAAUUAUCAAGUAACGAGAUACAAACUGAUAUUCCUCUGUUGUUCAAACUAUUUUUUGGUCUGUACAUUAGAGAAUGCUUUUAAUUAAUAAAUAUAAUUGAUUUUG